AUGCCCAUUGAACAUCGGGCUACUGUGGAACUACAAGCGAGUUCUGUGACAAAGACCAAGGAUGCCAAAAUAAUUGUGGCCAGCCGAGCAUACCAGAGGGCAAAAGUGAACAUUCUGUCCGAAACAAGGUUAUUGGAUAUUAUGAAGCCUGCUGCUGAAUCAACACUCAGGAGCUCGUACCGAAAAUGCAACAAAUUCCAGCCCUGGAACAUCCCGAUCAAUGGCCUUACUCAUGUAAAUUUUGCAUUUGCAUAUGUAGAUCCUGCCACGUAUGAGAUCACCACGAUGGACAGCGAAACGCCGACCGAUCUGUUCCAACAAACGACUGCCCUCAAAUCAAUGAAGUCCGGCCUGGGCCAAGGUAUCGAAGUCUGGAUCUCUAUUGGAGGUUGGACUUUCUCGAAUAAUGGCACAGAUACACAAGCUGUAUUUGGAGACAUAGGUAGCUCCGAGACCAAACGAAAAGCAUUUGCCAACAGCCUUGUGGCCUUCAUGACACGAUAUGGCUUUGAUGGAGUUGAUCUUGAUUGGGAAUAUCCUGGCGCUAGUGAUCGUGGAGGUCACAAGAAGGACACGAAGAACCUUGUCAGUUUGAUCAAAACUAUGCGAGAGAUAUUUGACAAAAGUCCUCGGGGUGGCUAUGGCUUGACAUUUACUAUACCAUCAAGCUACUGGUACCUUCGUUGGUUUGACGUUCCUGGGAUGCUGAAAGCCGGAGCUUCGUGGGUUAAUCUCAUGUCCUAUGACUUGCACGGUCAAUGGGAUCAACACAACCCCAUCGGAAGCUACGUUCAUGGUCACACCAACUUGACAGAAAUCAAAGAGAGCGUUGGUCUCCUCUGGCGGAAUGAUGUUCCCCCAGGCAAAGUGGUCCUUGGCACAGGAUUUUAUGGCAGAUCCUUCCAACUCAAUGAUACAUCUUGUGAUACUCCGGGUUGCCCGUUUGGACAAGCUGCAAACAAGGGUGAUUGUACUGAUGAAGGGGGCAUUCUCGGAUACUUUGAAAUUCAGGAAAUUUUAAAGCGGAAUCCCAAGAUUACCAAAGUUCAUGAUAAAGAAGCCGCGGUCAAGUACUUCAAAUAUGACGAUAAUCAAUGGGUAUCGUUUGAUGAUGCGGAAACCUUCAACCAGAAAGUGAAAUGGGCCGAUUCCAUUGGUCUCGGUGGCUUGAUGGCCUGGGCCAUUGAUCUUGACGAUUCCAACUCCACAGCACUUUCUGGAUUGAUUGGCAAAGAUGCUGGCCAUGGCCUCGACAAAAGUCUGAUAAAAAGGUCAACCGAGAGUGCUAGCUGGUCUUCAGACAAUGGACAAGAUUGCUACGCCACAAAAUGUGGAGACAGGUGCCCGGUAGAUCAUUCUGUCCUGGACAAUUAUCAGUCAAAUUGCAACUACCCCCAAACGAAGCAGAUAUGUUGUCCACGUGACCGAACACCUCGCGACUGCCUUUGGCGUGGUGGCGAGUCUGGCGGAUCUGGUCGAGCAUGUCAUGGCCAGUGUCAUAAUGGCGAGUUAACAAUUCUUCUCGAUGGGUAUGGCAAUAGACACUGUGCCACAGGCAAUCAGGCCUAUUGCUGUACUGCUGACAGGUAUAAAGAGCUUCUGGACGGGUGCCGAGUGGGAAGUUGUGGAGGCUCAUGUGACGACGACGAGCACGAAGUUGCAAAGCAAUAUGACUUCAGCUCAUGCUGGAAUCAUGCAAUUCAUGGGUAUAAAAAGCCUUGGUGCUGCAAGACAGACUUGAAGAACUGCCAUUGGGUUGGAAAAGGCAGCUGCGAUGAUAACAACUGUGCUGACGAUGAUAUUCAGUUGUCUCUCAGCACUUACGGAGAUUCUUCAUCCAUGUGUGGAUACCUUUUCCGAGAUCCUCCGCCAGUCACAGAUCCAGUGAAAUGGGACCUCCAAAUCCUUGGAGGCUAUGUUGGUUCAGGCGAACAGGGAGCGAUGAUAUCCAAUAAUCCAACAGCUGAUCCCAACUACGGUGCCUUUGGCUUUGUUCUAAUUUCUGGGCCCAAGGAUGUCGUUUCCACGUUCUCAAAAAGGGAUAAUUCACAUAUCGAAAUUCUUGAUUGUGAAUCGAUUGUCUCAGAGGAAAAACAAAGUCUUCGUUUUGUCUGCACUAACGAAAAUGAUAACAGCAAUUGCGACGACAUCCUGGAUGGCGGCCUCGAGGGUACGGUGAUUCGAAUGCCUGAAAAUUGUGGCCCAGGAUCUUAUAUUGUUGCUCACUCCAUGAAGAUAUCUGAAGAUCAGUCCAUCCCGCACCAUUUGUUUAAGCGUUUAGUGCCGACCAGAGAGGUCAUGGACUUGGAGUUCUCAUAUGACUUCAAAUUGAUGAAGCGUUCUGAUGAGAAGGUCCAGUUUCGUGUCGACUAUUCCAACAUUGCUGGAUAUUGGGAAACCGUGGUUGAUGCACCUGGAGAAAAGCGAAAACGCAGCAGCUUACCUCCACAAAUGUCGCAGAGAGACCUGAUCGACAAAAGAUUUUUCUCAGGGGAUGUUGCCUCCUGGGGUGAUAAGUUCGAUGAUCUAGAUGAGCAGGCUUUCUUUGUCAAUCUGACUGAACCUGCUACGGAGGUGAUCAUUGACGAAAAGCUCAAGAAGUGUGAUGGUGAAGAGUAUCUGCAAGUUCAGUCUGAUGGAACUUGUACGGCCUAUGCCAAGUUUGGAUUCACUAUCAUUGGUACACUGCAGCCAUUCAAUAUUGAUGAUGCUUUCGGGCUUGUUGACUUCAAAUAUGAUCUUGCUGCCACGGUCAGCGUCAAAGGCAACGCGGGAGUUGACACCGAGUACAAAACCACACCUGCCCAUAUAAUUCCAAACUCCGAAGCGGCAUUUUCACACCCGGGCAUAGUAUCAUUUAAACCGAGCUUCGAUCUUCAAAUUGGUAUUAAGGCCACUGAUGCCUCAUUUUCAGGGUCAGUCAAAGGCCAGCUCUGCCACUGCCUCGGGAGCUCUCAAUGUUUAAAAGCUAACCUCCCGCCAUAG